GUUAAAAACGGAUUUAAUGUAAAACGGAUCAGUUUUCAUAUUUUUUAUUUAUUCGUGAAACGUAAAAUCCUCCCAGACUUGGAUGGAGGGGUCUGCAGCGCGCGCUGGAUCCUGCAGGGGGCGCACUAUUUCCUCUGACAGCCGCCCGCGAGCCGCCCCUGCCUUGCUCCGCGGCAGCGGGCAGUGAUGGCUUCCCGGUGCCGGUGAGUAAGCAGAAAAGCAGAGGAUGGGGGGGCGGACCAUGACAGAGAGCAUCCCCGGCAGAGGCGCGCGGCCUCUGCGGUGACGGCGCGCGCGCAGCAUCGCUUCAUGGUUCGGCGCUGAGCUCGUCUCUUCCUCCGCGAGGCUGCUGCUGUCGGCCGCAGGUGCUGUCGGGCUGCGGGACGGGAGGUGGACCGGCGCCAUGGCCGCCGGCGGAGCGGGAAGCGCGGACGCGACGGAGCCGUACCGCGCGGAGGUGGAGCGCCUGGCGCGCGAGCUGGCGGAGGUCAGCCGGGAGAAGGUCCGGGCGGCGGAGUGCGGCUUGGCGGUCCUGGAGGAGAACCAGAGCCUGAAGCAGCAGUGCUCGGAUCUGGAGGCCGAGCAGGAGGCGCUAAGGCAGGAGCUGGAGCUGCUGCAGGAGGCGUUCGGCCAGGCCUACUCCAUCCAGAGGAAAGUGGCUGAGGAUGGGGAGACCAACGAGGAGACUCUGCUGCAGGAGUCUGCCACCAAAGAGGCCUUCUACGUGGGGCGGCUGCUGGAGCUGCAGUCGGAGCUGAAGCAGAGCCGCACCGCCGCCUCCAGCAGUCAGGCUGAGAGCGAACACCUCAGUUCGGUGCUGCAGGAGCUCAGAGAGCAGAGCAACGAGAUGCUGGAGCUGCAGAGGAGCCGCAUGCGGGAGGAGAUGAGGGAGUUCAAGUUUCGAGAGGCCCGGCUGCUGCAGGACUACUCUGAGCUGGAGGAGGAGAACAUCUCUCUGCAGAAGACGGUGUCGGCGCUGAGACAGAGUCAGGUGGAGUAUGAAGGCCUGAAGCACGAGAUCAAGGUCCUGGAGGAGGAGGCGGAGCUGCUGAACAGCCAGCUGCAGGAGGCGCUGCGCCUCAAAGACAUCUCCGAUUCUCAGCUGGAGGAGGCGCUGGAGUCCCUGAAGGUGGAGCGGGAGCAGAAGAAGCACCUCCGCAAAGAGCUGCUCCACCACCUCAGCAUGUGCGAUGUGGCCUACACCGGCAGCGCACACCUGGUCUUCACCUCCGCCCCGCCAAGCGGCAGCGCCACCCCCACCGCCCUGCUCUCCCCAGAGGAGCCCACGAGGUGUAAUGGCCUCCUCCAAGGAGGAGGAGCUGCAGCUCCUGUGCACAGGACAAACGGAGAGAGCCGGAAAGCCGAGGGGGCGACGGGGGCGGACCUCUUCAGUGAGAUGAACUCAACAGAGAUUCAGAAGCUCAAGCAGCAGCUGAUGACGGUUGAGCGUGAGAAGGCAGCCCUGAUGAACAGCCUUCAGGAGUCCCAGACUCAGCUCCAGCACACACAGGGCGCUCUGACCGAGCAGCACCAGAAGGCCCGCCGCCUCAGCCAGAGAGUCCUGGCUCUGCGCCGGAAUUCCAGGACUAACCCAGAAGAUCAGAGCUCCAGCGGCUCCAAGUCAAGCUCCGAUAAGGAGCAGAGCAAAGACGAGGCAGAAGAAGAGGAGGAGGAGGCUGAGGAGGAGGAGGACAGCGAGGCGCUAAGCAAAAGCCAAAUAUUUUCCUACCAAACUCCUGGUCUAGAAAUUCUACAGGUCAAAUACCGUGUGGCUGUGACGGAGGUGGUGCAGCUGAAAGCUGAGCUGAAAGGCCUUCGGGAAAGGCUGGCGGCGUGCGGGGAGGGGGCCGCAGAGGAGAGACCCCACACCAGCAACCAGAUCCAGAGGCUGCAGAGGCAGCUUCUCUCUAUGGAGAAGAGCUGCCGGGACGGACAGGAGAAGAGCUCGGCUCUGGAGCUGGAACUCCAGGCCGCUCAGUCAGCGGCCGGUGAAGGCCGGGCGGCUCUGAACGCAGCCCAGGAGGAGCUGGUGACUCUGAGCGAGGAGCUGGCCCAGCUCUACCACCACGUUUGCCUCUGCAACAACGAGACACCCCACCGGGUCAUGCUGGACUACUACAGGCAAGGCCGGGGUCUCCGGAGCAUCAGUGCCAGCCUCAAAGCGGUGUCCUCAGACAGCAGCAAAGUCCUCCUCACGCCUCGCCUCUCCAGGCGGCUGGUUGCUGCCGCCUCCCCGACCUCCUCCCCCGGGGGGUCACGCAGCCCCUCUGCGUCUCCGUCCAAAGAGCCGCUGUCAGGAGAGGGUGAAGGGGAGGACAAGGAGGUGUGCAGGGAGGCUCCGUUUGAGCAGGCCCUGCCCCCAGGCACUCCACCCACCCGAUCACCCAGCAUCAGUGCCUCCUCAUCCUCCUCGUCUUCAUCGUCGCCCGCCCUGGAACCGCAUGGCGAGCUGCGCAGAGAGCCCAUGAACAUCUACAACCUGAACGCCAUCGUUAGAGACCAGGUAAAGCACCUGCAGCGAGCGGUGGACCGGUCCUUACAGCUCUCCAGGCAGAGAGCUGCAGUUCGGGAGCUGGCGCCUCUGCUGGACAAGGACAAGGAGAGCUGCAUGGAGGAGAUCCUGAAGCUCAAGUCCUUGCUGAGCACCAAACGAGAGCAGAUCGCCACUCUUAGGCUGGUUCUAAAAGCCAACAAACAGACAGCAGAGGUGGCUCUGGCUAACCUGAAGAGUAAGUAUGAGGCAGAGAAGUCCAUGGUGACCAACACGAUGACCAAGCUGAGGAACGAGCUGAAAGCCCUGAAGGAGGACGCCGCCACCUUCUCGUCUCUGCGAGCCUUGUUUGCUACCAGGUGUGACGAGUACAUGACACAGCUGGACGAGAUGCAGAGGCAGCUGGCUGCGGCUGAGGAUGAGAAGAAGACUCUGAACUCCCUCCUGCGCAUGGCCAUCCAGCAGAAAUUGGCCCUUACGCAGCGCCUGGAGGAUCUGGCCUUUGACCAAGAGCAGUCCCAUAGGACCCGCGGGAGCAGGGCAACCCGUGGAAAGACCAGCGCCCCCAAAGCCAGUCCUUUGACUUGUGCCUCAGCAUCUGAGCCAGCUCAAGGUUCUGCUACAGUUUCGGGACACCUCCCCAAUCUGACCUCAGCUGUUUUCCAUGAAAAUUCUGCCUCCCUAGAACCCUCUGGUCCAGCCAUCACCUCCUCCACUCUACACACAAGCCCAUCCAAUCCCUCAUCUUCAUCGGUGUCCUCCCCAUCUGGUCCUCCAGCGCUGGGGAGUCCUCGUCCUUCCUUUCCUGCGACACAGUCUCCAGCUUUCACCCCGCUGAGGCCAACUUGCCCCCAAUGGACAAUAGGGGGGCAGACAUUCCUAAUCGACUCUCCUUCUGCCCCAUCCACCCCUCCGUCUAGGUCCACACAGUUAGGCUCUGCCCCCUCCUCCCCCUACCGGCCCCAAGCUCUGGGGGUAAGGCGGUCCACUUGGAGCCCUGUCCCCCGGACUCGGCCCCUGCCUGGCCUGACGCGCUCCUACUCUCCCUCCUCCUACUCGUCCUCUCACUUCCCGUCUCACACACAUGGAUUCCACGGUCCCUCCCCCUCCUUCACCUCCUCCAGCCCCUAUCUAUCCUCAGGUAACCCUUCCUCAUAUAGCCACUCCAGCCGCUACACCCCCCUCUACCCCCGAUACCACAGUUCGUACCGGCCCCGCGAAUGAACCUGAAAGUUGGACCCCGGCUUUUUGGAAACCUAAAGCCAUCCCUCUCUGUGUCACCAAAGAGGGAGGAGCAUCCCAGUGGGGGGGCUGCAGCGUUCUCCUGCUGGCCUGGUCCUGUUCUUACCUGUGCCUACGCCUCGGCCGAUGGAUUGUGAAUGUUCAAUGACUUAGCUCAGGGAUUUGACACGAGGAGCACAAGCGGCCUGCCUACCCUGUCCACAGAGGGGCACUGACACCAGAACUUUUACACUUUUUAGCUUUUAGGUUCUUCAGGUUCAGACCACGCAUGCAUGAAAACAGACACAUUUAGUGGGGGGGGGGGUCCUGAGGGGCAUGAAGGAGUUCACCAGAAUCAUUAAUGUUUUAACAUCCAUCAUUUCCAAACAAACGCUUACAGCCUUUGGAGUCCUGGGGGGAGGUCCCAAUUCCACCUGGGCCCAGCCCAGCCACAUCUCUACAGCUCUUUAACGGUGGGGGUGUCCUGAUACUCCUACGGGGUAUGAGUGUCUCAUUUCUCUGUUGUAGAGAUAAUGCCAAAUACUGCACAGGCCUUCAAUAGGAACACUACAAAUUCAAAGCUGCUUUACUGGUACACAAAGUGUUCUGAUAGAUUUACACAGAAGAAUUCUGCUGCAAACAGGAAAAUGAAAUACCUUAAAGAAGAUGAAACAGCCAUGCUAUAUCCGAAUUCCCUCACUACUAGCAGACAGCCUGUACCCUGUGAGGGCAGUUGUGACUAAAGCCUAACAGUUUAUCAAAGUCUCGGCUGAGAUUUUAUAUUUAUUCUGAAUGAACAUUUUUUAGUAGAAAACCUUUUAAAAGAUCGUUAAGUUGAUUAAUAAUUACAUUUGAGCCCUUUGUCAUUUCUAGUUUUCAAUAGAAAAGCAUUUUUUAAAGUCGUCUAGAUCUUUGCAUUGCCCCCUCCCCCCACUCUUCUCCCUUUAAAAUAAAAGAGGGGGUGGAUAUAAGGUUGGGACGGGGCCAAAGGGUAAAUUGGGAUCUGUCCAAACAAUACAAGUAGAAAGGAGGAAAAGUUUACUUCUGUUAUACAGUUCCUGCAGCUCUUGAGAGUGAGGGGUUAUUUACAAAAUCUAGUGCGUUGUCCAAAUUCCCCACCCCACCCCAAUCCCCAACUACUAAAAAAACUAUAUAGUGCGGGACUAUACAGCCCCCUGGAUUUUAAACGUAAUUGGGACACUAUGCUUACUACUUUUCUUUCGCUUUUCUAAACACCGGAUGUGACGUCACCGAUAUCACAAAGUGAAAAUUGAAUGAAUACGAACAUUUCCUGACAUUUAUUUAUGACUCCACUGUAUUCUGAUGGUGAA